AUAGUUCUAUUACAAUUUCCGAUCAGCUGCUAUAACAGAUGGAAAGUUGCACACCGUUCAAAACACAAAUCAUUUGACUCUUUCUGCAUUUACUUCGAAUUUUAGCUACAUUUUGUAAAUAAAAAUUUCAAAAUGCAGCUACUUUUACGUACGGGCGUGUUACAGCAUUUUAAACACUUUUAUAAAAGACGAUUUAUAACACAAAGUGCGACCGGCAUUGAGGUAUCGGAGCUUACAAAUGAUGUUAAACACCAAAUAGAAUCUCAUUGGCGUACACAAGUGUCACAGGGACAAUUUGAUCCAGCACGAAAUGAUAAGUUCUAUGUGCUUCCAAUGUUUCCAUACCCAUCUGGAACGCUGCAUAUGGGUCACGUACGUGUUUAUGCAAUAAGCGACACGGUAGCGCGCUUUCAUCGUAUGUGUGGUCAGAAUGUAUUUCAACCCAUUGGCUGGGAUGCAUUUGGUUUGCCUGCCGAAAACGCCGCAAUACAGAGAGGUGUAGAGCCUGCAGAAUGGACUGAUGCAAAUAUCGCUCAAAUGAAGAAACAACUGCAAGCCUUAAGUUGCUCUUUUGAUUGGAAACACGAAAUGUCAACUUGUUCACCGGAGUAUUACAAAUGGACGCAAAAAUUGUUUUUAAUGCUUUACAACAAAGGAUUGGCAUAUCAAAAUGAGGCUUUAGUAAAUUGGGAUCCCGUAGAUAAUACAGUGCUAGCCGAUGAACAAGUGGACGCAAAUGGUUGUUCCUGGCGCUCAGGUGCUAAAGUACAGAAAAAAUUACUGAAUCAAUGGUUUAUACGCACGACAGCAUACGCCAAAGCCUUGUUAGACGGUUUAGAAGAUCCUACACUUCAAGAUUGGCGUGAUAUUAUUAAUUUACAACGCCACUGGAUUGGCGAUUGUGACGGUUAUGCAUUUCAAUUAUUAACUUCCGCAACAAAUUACUUACGCAUUUGGACCAGGAAUCCGGAACACUUGAAAGAUCCAAAUUCCUUUAUAGUCAUUAAGCAAAAUCAUUACUUAUCAAAAUUAAGUAAUGCAUCGCGUCUAACGGUAGAAAAUCCAUUCUCAGGCACUAUCAUACCUGUUAUUUUUAGCGAUCAAGCUAAUUUUCCAGAGCACUGUGACGUAUAUUUAGCGGCGCCCAGUUUUCGCGAACAGGACAAGGAACUGCAAGAAACCUUUGGACUUGCAUUCUUUGCUCAUACAAAAACUUCCAUUGCAAUAGAUGCCAAAUCGGCGCGCGAAGAAGUUUUAGAAGCGGCAACGCGUCUAAAAAUUGGCGGCUACCGCGUGUCUUCCAAAUUGCAAGAUUGGCUGAUAUCACGUCAACGUUACUGGGGCACACCCAUACCAAUAAUACACUGUAAAAAAUGUGGUGCUAUUCCAGUGCCUGAAGAUCAACUGCCAGUAGUGUUGCCAGAUAAAAAGUUGYUGGAGACACAACGUGAAGAGGCAUUGCGCUGCACUUGCCCCAAUUGUGAGGACACAGAAGCGAAGCGUGAAACUGACACAAUGGAUACAUUUGUUGAUAGCUCUUGGUACUACAUGCGUUUCCUAGAUCCGAGCUACACCGGCGAUAUUGUAAAUACGGAACUGGUGCAAAAAUAUAUGCCUGUUGAUUUAUACAUUGGUGGCAAAGAGCAUGCAGUAUUGCAUUUAUACUAUGCGCGUUUUGUCAAUCACUUCCUGCACAGCUGCGGUCUUUCGCCCACACCCGAACCGUUUUCGCGCCUGCUGGUCCAAGGUAUGGUUAUGGGUAGAUCAUUUAGAGUUAAGGGUUCCGGACGCUACAUUACAGAAGACGAGGUUGAAAUUGUGAAUGCCAAAAAGAAUCAAGCGCGCUUGAAGGAAACCAAAGAGCCUGUCGUCAUGACAUGGGAGAAAAUGUCCAAGUCUAAGUUCAAUGGUGUCGAUCCCACUGAUAUGUUUAAAGAAUAUGGCACUGAUACCACACGCCUCAUAUCGCUGGCUGAUGUGGCGCCUACUUCGCAUCGGAACUGGUCUAGCGCAACAUUCCCUGGCAUACUUAAUUGGCAAAAGCGUCUUUGGUUGACCUUAAACGAUUUCUAUGCGGCACGCACUGCUGUUGGCGAUGCUGCAAUGGAAAACGGUGACACCCAAAGCGAAGCAUUUGUAGCUGAGGACGACAAACUGUUUGAUGCGCGCAACUUUUACGUGAAGGGCGCCACAUUUAAUUACCGCCACACACAUCAAUUAAGCGUGGCUAUCUCGAAGAUGCAGGGGCUAACCAAUUCGCUGCGGCGUACACCGAAGCAUAUUGUACGUUUUAGUCCACAGUAUGAACGCGCCUUAGCUAGUCAAAUUAUCAUGCUCGCACCCAUGGCGCCACACUUCGCUUCGGAAUUGUGGUCGAAAUUCGUAACGGUGCCGCAUCGUUURAACGCGUCCACUUCAGAAGUGCAAUGGGAGCGUGAUGUUUUAGCGCAACGUUGGCCGGAUAUUGACGCAGACUAUAAGCUGGACUUGACCAUUAAAGUGAAUGGUUUUGAAAAUUGCGUUAUUAAAGUAGCGCGGAGUAAUUUGGAUCGGAUAACGCAUAACGAUGCGAUGGAUAUUGCGUUCAACACUGCCUCUGUUACUUCAUAUCUAACGGAUAAAAAGAUACGUACGACAAAUUUCGUACUCUAUCCCGGAAUCGAGGCUAUACUUAAUAUUUAUGUUGACAAAAUUAAACAAUCCUCUGCGCAAACAACUAAUUCGAAUGAGGAGGUUGUUAACAAGUAAUUUUUUCAUACAAUAAUAUGGUAUAUGUGUAGCGUAUGUAGUUGUAAAUGGUUUUUAUAUGUAAGUGAUAAUAUUUAUCUAAGGAAUUGUAAUUAUAAUGUAUUUAAUGUAAUUAAAUCCUAUUUAUUAAA